CAAGAAAUUUUAAAAACUGUUGAAAAAUGUUCACUUUUCCCGGCCUCGCAGAGCUCACACAUUUUAAUCUUGGCAAACGAUAGGUUCCUUGGGUUGCGCGAUCUGGAAAGGGAACCAAAAGAUGUCGGUGAGCCCUAUAUAAAAAAUAGAUGGACCUGAGGCUCCCAACGUAGAAGUGUCUAGUUUGAUUCAAAAUCAAGAACAAGUAGAGCAGAUUCAUCAGUAGCUAGCAACAAAAGGAAACUCGCCAGGGUUCCCUUCGGCGCGACGGUUACUGGCUUAUCUGUUCACAAACAUUAGUCCUAUAAAAACUGUUGGAUGGCAACAAAACAAAUUUAUUCCAAGACUAAAGUGGGCCCGAGUGACCAACAUCAGCCAGUCUGCGAAGAGGUGGGCAACCGUCAAACGGCAGCCUUACACAUUUGUCUGUGUGGUUACGUUGCUAUUGGUAACAUUACGUACGUCAGACAACCCUCUAUAGGACAACCGUUUUCGUGACAGGUUACAAGAAGACUUGAAUAUGGCGCCGAAAUUGGAUCUCGACGAUUUAAAAGGUCAACUCAAUGAGGCUUACAUCGCUGACGAUGAUUUUGCAAAAAAGAAAGAAGAAGACACGUCUAGCAGCUCAAUUUCCAGCAUUCCUGACAAUAAAGAAGAUGGCAAGAAAAAGAAAGAAAAACCACCACCGCCUGAAAAUCCACCUGUCCCUUUUUUCGACUUGUUCCGUUACGCUUCGCCUACCGAUUUUGUGCUGUUAGUCUUUGGCACUUUAGGGGCCAUCGGUACGGGUAUUUGUUUCCCCAUUAUGUUGAUUCUCUUUGGGGAUAUCACAAAUGCUUUCGUCGGCGGAGGUUUAGACCAGGAAACGAUUAAUGAAAUCAACUGCAACAUUUCCAACGAUCCCAACUACACUUAUCCGUACCCUCUAGGUCCGACGUGCAAUCUUUCUGAUCCAACCAAUUCAUACGCAAAUUCGCCGGAGGGACAAGCGAUUCAAGACGAAUUCACCAAGUUCGGGAUCUACGUGGCAGUUAUCGGAGCCGCACUUUUUGUGCUAGGCUUCAAUUUUAUUACGGCGCUUAAUUUUACGGCCGAGAAUCAGGUCUAUCGGAUUAGGAGUAGGUUCUUACAGGCUGUCCUUCGCCAGGAUGUUGGCUGGUUUGACACCAAAUCAUCGAAUGAUUUUGCUAGUCGCAUUACAGAAGAUUUAAACAAGAUCCAAGAUGGCAUAGGAGAGAAGAUUGGCAUGUUCACAUUUUCCACGAGUUUCAUCGCAUCAAUUAUUAACGCAUUCAUCCACGGAUGGCAAUUGACUUUGGUCAUGUUAGUUUCCACACCAGUCCUGGCUAUUUCUAUGGGUAUUUUAGCCAAAGUCCAGGCAUCUUUGACAGAAAAUGAACUAAAAGCUUAUGCCGAAGCGGGUGGUGUGGCAGAAGAGGUUUUCAGUUCCAUUCGGACAGUCAUGGCAUUUGGCGGACAAAGCAAAGAAAUUGAUCGUUUUCAAAAAAAUUUAGCAUUCGCAAAAAAGGCCGGCAUCAAACGUGGCAUGGCAACAGGGAUCGGUGCUGGCCUUGUUUGGGGAAUUAUCUACGCUAGUUAUGCUCUUGCCUUCUGGUACGGCAUUUCGCUUAUCCUGGCGGCUUGCGAUGGAAACUCUUAUUCUUCUUCCGAUCUGCUCAUCGUUUUCUUCAGCGUUCUCAUUGGUGCCAUGCAAAUUGGACAAGCAGCUCCUUACAUAGAAGCCUUUUCAGUCGCCAGGGGCGCCGCAGCCACCAUCUUUAGCAUUAUUGAUCGAAUUCCGCCUAUCGAUAGCUUUUCCGAUAAGGGAUUAGUUCCAGACGGGGUUGAUGGCAAAAUAGCUUUCCGAAACGUCCAUUUCAAUUAUCCAUCACGUCCCGAUGUCAAGAUUCUUCAAGGUAUCAGUUUCGAUGUCAUUCCCGGACAAACUGUCGCUUUGGUAGGCACUUCCGGAUGUGGUAAAUCCACUUGCGUUCAACUUCUUCAAAGAUUCUACGACCCAAUCGAAGGAUCAGUGAGUAUCGAUGGCAAUGAAUUGAGGGAUCUACACUUGGGUUGGCUGAGAGAGCAAAUGGGUGUGGUCGGCCAGGAGCCCGUUCUCUUUGGAACAUCAAUCGGCGAAAACAUUUGCUACGGCCGAGAUGGCGUUUCGCAAGAAGAGAUGGAACGCGCAGCCAAAGAGGCUAACGCCCAUGAUUUUAUCCAAAGACUACCUCGCAAAUACGACACACUCGUAGGAGAGCGAGGAGCGCAAUUAAGUGGUGGCCAGAAACAGCGUAUCGCUAUUGCCCGUGCUCUCGUCCGUCAACCCAAAAUCCUUCUGCUGGACGAAGCCACUUCCGCACUGGAUACGCAGAGUGAAUCAGUCGUGCAAAAAGCUUUAGAUAAGGCCAGGCAAGGACGUACCACCAUCAUCGUUGCUCACAGGCUCACAACCAUUCGCAAUGCCGAUCGCAUUAUCGUUAUCAAAGAUGGCGUUAUUCAGGAAGAUGGGACGCACGAUAAACUUAUGGCCAAACGUGGAAUCUAUUACCAACUAGUUGUAUCUCAGCAGGGUGGCGAACAAGACAGCAAAAGAAGCUCUUUCGAUGACAAUUCAGAAUCAGAAGAUGACGAAGUGAAUACCGCAAAAGCUAAAUCUUGGAUUCCGGACGAAAAGGAAGAAGCCAUGGACGCAAUCAGUUUGGCCGGAAGCCAUCCACUCGGAAGAAAUAACUCUAUUCGAAGUGCCCGACUAUCUGUUGCCAGUUCAGCAGUGUCCGCUCAAUCAGAAGACAUUGACGUUAGUUUGAUGGAAAUUAUGAGGAUGAACAGGAAAGAAUGGCCUUACAUCACUUUAGGCGUCAUCGGGUCAGCAAUUGUUGGCCUCAGCACACCAGUUUACGCAAUCCUCUUCAGCGAAGUUCUUGGAGUCUUAACACCCGGUGGAUCUGCCGAAGAACAAGCAUACAAAAGAGAACGAGGCAACUUUUACUCGCUCAUGUUCUUGAUUCUUGGCAUCGUUGCCGGAUUCGCAGCUUUUGCCCAGUCUUUCUCAUUCAGCGUUGCCGGAGAAUCCUUGACAUCCAGGCUGCGCGGAUUAACUUUCGAAGCCAUUUUGAAGCAGGAAGUUGGUUGGUUCGAUCGGAAAACGAACAGUGUCGGAGCACUUUGCGCCCGCUUGUCUGGUGAUGCUGCCAGCGUCCAGGGCGCCACUGGGUCUCGAAUUGGUGUACUGUUCCAGGCGCUUACCACCAUGGUCGCCUCGGUUAUUCUGGCUCUCUAUUUCCAAUGGAAACUUGGAUUGGUUGCCUUAUGUUUCGUUCCACUUCUUCUCAUUUCAACCUACUUCCAAGCCAAAAUCAUCAUGGGUCAAUCCGCUCUGGAACGCGAUGGACUACAAAAAUCCGCCAAAGUGGCAAUGGAAGCGAUUGCCAAUAUUCGCACUGUAGCAAGUCUUGGAAAGGAAAGACAAUUCCACACCAUCUACAUGGAUUCUUUACGAGAACCUCAUCGACAAGCUCUUAAAAAGUCCUGGGUCCGUGGGGCGAUUUUUGGAUUCGCUAGCGCCAUACCAAUGUUCGCUUAUUCCGUAACGAUGUAUUACGGAGGAUGGCUUAUCGUCAACGAAUGCCUCGAUUUUACCAGCGUCUUCAAGGUCAGCGAAUCUCUUCUGUUUGGAACACAAAUGAUUGGGCAGGCAGUUGCAUUCGCUCCCAAUUAUAACAAAGCCAAAGUAGCUGCCAACAGGAUAUUUGCUCUACUAAAACGCAUUCCACUUAUCGAUGCCUCUUCUCCCGGCGGUUCCAUCAUUCAAAACGUUGAAGGCAAUGUCGAUUUCGACCAGGUACGUUUCCGAUAUCCAACGCGUAAAGAUGCUGAAGUUCUUCAAGGAUUGACUAUGGCCGUGCGAGCUGGCCAGACGGUCGCCCUUGUGGGCCACAGUGGUUGCGGAAAGUCGACUUGCAUUCAAUUACUGGAACGCUUUUACGAUCCAGAUAGCGGUCAAGUACAAUUGGAUGGCAAAGAUAUUAAUCCAAUCAACAUAUCCUCGUUGCGUUCACAAAUGGGCAUCGUAUCCCAGGAGCCUAUCCUCUUCAACUUGACUAUUGGUCAAAACAUUGCCUAUGGUGACAAUAGCCGCGUCAUUCCAAUGGAUGAAAUCAUAGAAGCCGCAAGAAAAGCCAACAUUCAUACAUUUAUCCAAUCUUUGCCAAACGGCUACGAAACGAUGGUCGGUGAACGAGGAACACAGCUUUCUGGUGGACAGAAACAACGUGUGGCCAUUGCUAGAGCAUUGAUAAGAAAUCCAAAAAUCCUGCUGCUGGACGAAGCAACUUCGGCGUUGGAUUCCGAGAGUGAACAUGUCGUCCAGAUGGCUUUGGACGCCGCUAGAGAGGGCCGUACAUGCAUCACAAUCGCACAUCGGCUGAGCACAAUUCAAAAUGCAGAUAACAUCAUUGUGAUUAAUCAAGGGACGAUAAAAGAGCAAGGGACACAUGAAGAACUCAUUCAGCUAGGGGGUCUUUACUUUGAGCUUUGUUCUGUCCAGGGCAUUGUAUUGAAACCUGUUAGCUCGUCAGCGAAUAUGGAAGAAAUAGCCUUUUAGAAUUUCCGUGCUGCAACCGUGACAUUUCUCCGAUUUGCAAUGCUUGCUGUGUGAUUUACCAAUAUGACUUAUUACUAAUGUAUAAAGUAUAAAAAUUAA